UUUUAUUUACCAAAACUAGUAUAUUUAAAAGUUGAUAAUAGUUAAUAUUUAUCAAGGCAAUCAAGAUUAGUAAAGCUUGUUUUUUGUUUUUUUUUUUGUUUAGUAAACUUCUUUUUGUUCAUCAAUUAUAUCAAGAUCUUCAAGAAUAGUAUAGAUUUCUUACUAUAUCAAGAUCUUGGGAGAGUCAUAAAAAUAAGAUCAACAAAAACAAAACUUCAUUAUCAUCACAAUGAAGCGUCUUCUUCUGCAGCUGCUUGCCCUCUGGAGCUUUUCUCUAUCAAGAUGUGAAUCAACGUUUGUACCGUAUGAUUAUUCUGCAACCGUAGAGUGUCUAGAUAAACCUUUAAAACCACAGUACAAUGGAGGAAUCAUCGUGAACCCUGACCUACGAGAUGGUCCACAAGCUUGGUUACCAUUUGGAAACGCAAAAAUCGAAUUUAAAGAUAUUGGACACGAUAAAUUUGUUGUUGCACGAGAGAGGAAACAGCCUCAUGACAGCGUCUCACAGAAGGUUCAUCUGGAAAAGGGACGUCUCUACACUUUUUCUGGUAAAAAUAAAAAUAGGUUUUUCUGUUUCUUGGAGCAAACUCUUUCGAAUUUUGUAAACCCUAUCAGAACAAUGGCCUGCUUUGUUUUCAUGUUCCUCAUAGCUUGGCUACAAGUAAACAACGGAAAGGCUCCAGUGAGUGCCGUUUUCAAGACGAACGGUGAAUAUAAGCAUGCAGGUUCGGUCAUUGCUGAAUCCAAAUGUUGGUCCAUGCUCAAAGGUGGUCUCACUGUUGAUGAAUCUGGCCCUGGCGAACUCUACUUCGAGAGCAACGACACAAGGGUUGAGAUUUGGGUAGAUAGCGUCUCACUGCAACCAUUCACACAAGAGGAGUGGAACUCUCACCAAGAUCAUAGCAUUCAUAAGGAGAGAAAGAGAACCGUGAGAAUCAGAGUCGUAAACAGCAAAGGCGAGCCAGUGCAGAAGGCAAGCCUUUCCAUAGAACAGAGGAAACUCGGCUUCCCAUUCGGCUGCGAGGUAGAGAAGAACAUACUUGAGAGCCACGCAUACCAAAACUGGUUCACUAAAAGGUUCACGGUGACAACUUUCGCCAAUGAAAUGAAAUGGUACAGCACCGAAGUAGUCAGAGGCAAAGAGGACUACUCGAUCGCUGAUAAGAUGUUGAGAUUUUUCAAGAAGCACGGGGUCGCUGUACGUGGUCACAAUAUUGUAUGGAACGACCCUAAGUAUCAAACUAAAUGGCUAAACGCCCUCUCUAGUCGUGAAUUCUACAAUGCCGUGAAACGAAGGGUUUCAUCUGUGGCUUCACGAUACAAAGGCCAGCUUGAGGGUUGGGACGUUGUGAAUGAGAAUCUUCAUUUCUCGUACUUUGAGAAAAAGAUGAGUCCUAAGGCUUCUUAUAACAUCUUUAAGAUGGCUCAAGCAUUUGAUCCAACGUCAACUAAGUUUAUAAAUGAGUACAAUACGUUAGAGGAACCGAGGGAUUCAGAUUCUAGUCCAGCAAAGUAUUUGAAGAAGCUUAGGGAGCUUAAAUCUAUCGUGGUUCGUGGAAAUAUAUCGUUAGGGAUUGGUCUUGAGUCUCAUUUUAAGACUCCUAACAUUCCCUUUAUGAGAUCAGCUCUUGACAUUCUUGGUGCCACUGGUUUGCCUAUUUGGCUCACUGAGGUCGACGUAGAAGCUCCUAAGAAUGUUCAGGCCAAGUAUUUCGAACAGGUCCUAAGGGAAGGCCACGCACAUCCUCGUGUUAAAGGAAUAGUGACAUGGGCAGGUUAUUCACCAACAGGUUGUUACCGAAUGUGCCUCACUGAUGGAAACUUCAAGAACCUACCCACCGGUGAUGUGGUCGACAAACUUCUGCAUGAAUGGGGAGGCUUCCGCCGACAAACCAAAGGUUUCACUGAUGCUGAUGGAUUCUUUGAAGCCUCAUUCUUCAAUGGUGACUAUGAUCUCAAGAUUGAUCAUCCUCUCACCAAUUUUAAAGCUUCCCACAGCUUUAAGUUGGUUUCUGAUGUCUCCUCAAACACUCAACCAUCAUCUUUUGCCUUUCGUCUUUAAGUAGCCAAGUAUAUAAGAAUUUUAUAUUUCAGUAGCUUGAUUCUAAGUAAGAAUAGUGGCAGAUGUAUAGUAUGUUUUGUUACUAGUCUAGACAUGGUAUAUAUAUAUCCGUGUCUGCCGAAACCCACAAGUGCUAAUCAUGAGCAUCCUUGGGCUGUGUUCUUAAUGCAUAAGCCUUUCACAUUGUAAUGAAAUUUAUCAAUCAUAUUGUAAAAUGCUUAUUUGUCUCCAUAAUUUUAGGAUGAGACUUUAAUUUUAGUAAAAAAAAUUUCUAAUCAUUAAUUUUUAUAAACAAUUUUAGUAAUUAUCUUAUAUUAUGAUCUAUGAUUACUAUGAGACUUUCAUGUGGUUUAGUGUAAAAAUAAAUAAAAGAUUUGCAAACCAAACUGGCAAACCAUUAUU